AUGUAUGUCCCAGGGGGUGAAGAAUAUUGCGUUUUGUUGGGUGUUAUUUUAAUGCGGGCGCUGUCUAUGAGCUCUGCUGUUUCACAAUCUCGGAAUCUCGGAGACAUCGGCAUAAGCGGCAAUACGCGCAGCAGCAGUGACACGCUGCCAGGUUGA